AUGUUGGAAACUGAGAGAAGGCUGGGCAUCGAAAAGCUGGAUCGGGAGCACAAAGCAGGAAACCAAAUGACAGGAAGACAGAUGAUACGGCGGUCGGGGCUUGAGGCUAUACUAGUCGAUGCCGAAGCCACUGUCGAGCUAUCUGGUUCGAUAAUGCGCCAACUAGCUCGACAAGAAAAUGCGCUUCUCGAAUGUGUGGGAACGGAUGGAGACAUGGAUGAAGUAAUGAAGAAGCGACAGGCUGCUAGGACAGAGGCUGGUGACGCAUUGCACACAGCACUGAUGAAUGAUCCCAGUGGUCGCUCAUCGAAGAGUAUUCUAUAG